AUGGAUCUCAAGGGCAAGACUGCGAUUGUGACUGGGUCCUCGAAGCCCACUGGUACGUUGCAACAUGGCACCAGAAGCUACCUUGUUCAAUGGCUGACGGCGCUCACUACAGGCAUCGGUGCCGCUGUGGCGUUCGCACUGGCGGAGCAGGGCGCCAAUAUCGUGGUCCAUUACAGUAAUUCUGCCGACUCCGCACAAGCAGUGGUGAAGCAGAUUAAGGAUCUCGGUGCCCAAGCUGUAGCCAUCAAGGCCGACGCAAGCUCAAAUGACUUUGGAAAGACUCUUGUCGAAGGAGCAUUGGACGCCUUUAACACCCAAACGAUCGAUAUCGUCGUCAACAAUGCUGGCACAGCGGCGGUCCAUCCAAGCAUCGCCGAAGUCGACGCCGACUCCUGGGACACCGUGUACCACGUGAACGUCCGCGCGCCAUUCCUUCUCAUCCAGGCCGCCGUUCCACACAUGAAAGAAGGUGGCCGCAUCAUCAACAUCGGUUCCAUUGUUGCACGCAGCGGGAACAAAAUGCUGACCGUGUACGCUUCUUCGAAAGCUGCCGUGACCUCCAUGUCCGUCAGCCUUGCAGAAGAGCUCGGUCCGAAGGGCAUCACGGUCAAUGUGGUGGCCCCAGGCCCAAUUUCGACGGAGAUGAGCAUGAAGGGGAGCCCGAUCUAUGAUAAAUUGAUGAACAAUGCGCAUAUCAAGAGAGAGGGCAGUGCGGAGGAAGUCGCCAGCGCCGUUGCUUGGCUGGCGAGCUCGAAGGCCGGGUACGUUACCGGUCAGUUGAUCGGGGUGGAUGGUGGGAUAUCCUUCCCUUAG